GCUCCGCGCUCGUCAUGCGCGACUACGACGCGGCCACCGCCUUCCUGGGCGAGUGGGGCCGCUUCCAGCGCCUCGUCUUCUUUCUGCUCAGCGCCAGCAUCAUUCCCAAUGGCUUCAACGGGAUGUCGGUCGUGUUCCUGGCCGGCACGCCCGAGCACCGGUGCGUCGUGCCCCGCGGGGCCAACCUGAGCGGCGAGUGGCGCAACGCCAGCAUCCCGCUGGAGCUGCGCGGCGGGCAGGAGGUGCCGAGCCGCUGCCGCCGCUACCGCCUGGCCGCGCUCGCCAACUUCUCGGCGCUGGGGCUGCGACCCGGCUCCGACGUGGAGCUGGAGGCGCUGGAGCAGGAGCCGUGCCUGGACGGCUGGGAGUACAGCCGCGAUGUCUAUCGCUCCACCAUCGUCACCGAGUGGAACCUGGUGUGUGAGGACGACUGGAAAACCCCACUGACCAGCUCCCUCUUCUUUGUGGGGGUCCUCAUCGGCUCCUUCAUCUCGGGGCAGCUCUCAGACAGGUUUGGCAGGAAGAAUAUCCUUUUUUUGACAAUGGCUGUGCAGACUGGCUUCAGCUUCCUACAGAUCUUUUCCACCAGCUGGGAGAUGUUCACAGUGCUCUUUCUCAUUGUGGGGAUGGGACAGAUAUCUAACUACGUGGUGGCCUUCAUUUUGGGCACAGAAAUUCUUGGCAAAUCAGUUCGUAUUCUAUUCUCUACAUUAGGAGUUUGCAUAUUUUUUGCAAUUGGCUACAUGUUGCUGCCACUGUUUGCUUACUUCAUCAGAGACUGGCGGAUGCUGCUGCUGGCGCUCACUGUCCCGGGGCUGUUCUGCAUCCCGCUCUGGUGGAUCAUUCCUGAGUCUCCUCGGUGGCUGAUCUCCCAGGGAAGAUAUAAGGAGGCAGAAGCUAUUAUCCAAAAGGCUGCAAAAAUGAAUGGCAUUCCAGCCCCAGCUGUGCUUUUCGAUACUGCAGAGAUGCAGGAUUCGAAGCCUCAGCAGCAGCAGAAGGCUAUCCUUCUGGACCUAUUUCGAACCCGAAACAUUGCAACUAUUACUAUUAUGUCAUUACUUUUGUGGUUUUUCACAUCAGUUGGUUACUUUGGCCUGUCCCUCAGCACUCCAGACUGGCAUGGAAAUGCCUAUGUCAACUGUUUCCUCUCAGCUGUUAUUGAAGUUCCAGCGUAUGUGAUCGCCUGGCUUCUCCUCCGCUCCCUCCCACGGCGCUACUCCAUAUCUGGCACCUUGUUUUUAGGGGGAAGUGUUGUCCUCUUCAUUCAGCUGGUUCCUGCAGAACUCAAUGUCCUCUCUGUUGGACUGGUGAUGCUUGGGAAGUUUGGCAUCACAGCUGCGUUUUCAAUGCUUUAUGUCUACAACGUGGAGCUGUACCCAACGCUAGUGCGGAACAUGGCAGUGGGAGCGACUUCCACGGCCUCCAGGCUGGGCAGCAUCAUUGCUCCUUACUUUGUUUACCUGGGUGCCUAUGACAGAUUCCUACCAUAUAUCCUGAUGGGAAGCCUGACUGUGCUGAUUGGGAUCCUGACCCUGUUUCUCCCAGAGAGCUACGGCAAUCCGCUGCCCGAGAGCUUUGAGCAGAUGCUGAAGGUGAAAUGUUUCAGAAAUGAGCAACAAACCACUGGCAUUAGGAGUUCCAAGGAGAGUCCUAAAAAUCUGAUAACACCUUUGUGAAGAAAGACACAUCUCUCAGAGGGGCUGAAAGAAGAACAAAAUCAUCUCAAAAUGCAUUUGCUGCCAGAGGAAAAUGAACAAAAGCCAACAGCUACUGCACCAUAGUUGUUACCCCUGUGCUGCUGUCCCCAAAUUAUGCAGUAUAGUGACCAGAUGCUGUCUGCUCCUGUAGGACUGUUAGUCUGUCAUUGUGUCCUGUUCCCUGGCCUUUGUCAGCAGACACAGUCCCUGUUGAGAAACGGGGGCCUGUCUGUGCUGAGCACAAGUCAAGGAGUAAGCUGGAAGUGAGCCUUAGAAAUAAUACAGCAGUGACUCCAGGCAGUCAGGUACUCGAUAAAAGCUGCUGAAAGGGGAAAAAAAAAUAGCAAACCUAAUGCUGGUGUUUUUUCUCACUUUGUGUGUUGACUGGAGGAAGGGGAGCUGGGUGUCUGCCUUUCAAAACCUGAAAGAAAGAUCCUGGCCUCCUUUGAAAUCUGUGACCAAAGCCCAUAGACUAAGUGGAGUCAAAAUUCAUUUGUAGCAGAGCAGACACAGACUUCCUUGUAAGGACAUGGGUUUUAAACAUACCAUCAGAGUGGCUUUAGAUGUCACUUGCUUUUCCCAGGACCUGGGAUCCCUCUGUUCCUGUAAAAGCUGCUGUUCUUUCAUAAAGCCUGAGCCCACCCAAAACCCUCAGCUUUGUGAAUCUUCAGUGUCUUUGGGGAAAAUCUUGAGCACUGAGUAAGGACUAGAAUUUGCUGACUUUCUGGUGGGUCACACCCACUUUCAACAGAAAAGUCAGCUGUAGCAAGUCCGUGAUCCUGUCCCAACGUGCCAUGCUUUAUAGCUUUCAGGUUUUUCAUGGUAUAUGGGCAUAAGCAGUUUUUUAGCUCUCUUGGGGUGUUGUUUUUUCUUUUUCCCAAAGUAUUUAAUUUCUCCUUUGAAUAUAUACCACUUUGUUCUGCACCUUCAGAGAACCCUCACUGCAGUUUCGAAAGCUUUCACAAAACCUUUGUAGAAUUUACAAACUUAAAGGCAAUUUGAUGCUCACAAAAAUCUGAUUUUCUGUACUGGAGAUGUUAACCUGCAGCUAUAAAAAAUUCAAAAUUACUAAUUUGGGACCACAGGGGGUUUUAUUUAAAAAAAAACCCAAACACCAACAAAACCAGUGUUUUGUUUUUCAAAUCCUACAGAUUAUGUAUGGGGUUUUUUUUUUUGGUUUGGUUUUUGUUUGUUUUUUUUUUUUUUUUUGGGUUUUUUUUUUGUUUGUUUGUUUUGUUUUUUGUUUUUUUUUUUUUUGAGUUCAGCAAAACUAGAUUGGAUGAAGAUAAAUGUAGAACUCGGAGUUGUGCUACUACUGUUUUAUGAACACUACAUUGUCUGAAGAGUGUAAUUCCUCUUAUUUUUGUAUUUAUUGGCUGUAUGUGUACUUCUUGGUCACUUAAAGUCUAUCAGACCUGGUAGACCUGAUUUUUAUCCUCUAUAAAUAACAAUUAGCCCUGAUUCACCUUCUAUAAGGGCUAACAAAAGCACAGUGUCUCAUCUCUAAUGCCUGAGUUCAGGGCGGAUUGUCUUGUGCUGGCUCUUGGCACAAGAAUGAACUCCCUGAAGUUCAAGCACAAAUAUUAAGCUUUAUAACAAAUGCAAGGAACUUGUGCAAUUAACUCAAGCUGCUUUUGGGAGUUGAAAUACUAUUUUUAAUUUCCUGCAGUUAUGCUUUUGCCAUAAAUGUAACAUGGCAUAAGGGAACCUGUGACUCCUGAUCUUCUUAUCCCUUCUCAGUCAAUUUCUCUAAUAACAGCAGUAUUUAAUCUUGCUUUUACUUUUACAGAGUUAAUCUAAAGAAGUACUGUUUAGAUGUAAGUAAAUUUCUCAAGAAAGCCUUUUUAUCAGCAUAGGACAGGUUUGAGGACUUGAGUUAAAUAUAGGUGGCCAUAUUUUUAUGAAGAUUGUUGUUUUGAGACUUAUUUUAUGUGAUUGUAGGCUUGGGUGUUUCUAAAAGGUAAAUAUUUUUGUACUCUUGAACCUUUCAGUAUCUUAAAACCUGUUUUUCUUUUUUUAAAUAAGAAAAAGUACAGUGUUUUUUAAAAUACCAUGUUUUAACCAGUCUCAUUUUUCUUACUUAAACCAUUUAUCUCAAGCUAGCAUCACAUUUUAGUAUUUUUUGCAGCAGAUUUAAUAAUCUUUCAGGGGAGUGGAAUGUCCUUAUUAAAAUUAUGUGAUGUUGUUAUAAGGCCUUAUGGAGUCUGAGCAUAGUGGAAAUGAGAGAAGCCCCACCUGGAUUGUUCUCACUGACCCUGUGCCUCAUCUGUAACCUCUGUCACCUUUACUGGGGUCUCUCUGUUCAACCUUGGAUCCUCAGCUGACUUGCUGGAUCUGCUCAUAAUUAUAUGAAGCUGUAGUAAUUAUCAGUUAUUGCCCUCUGUUUUCAUUGCAAUAAAAAUGUGCACUGACAUUGUUUCAA